GUCCCCGGAUAUCAACCCGUCAAGCAUAACCUGUAUAACUACAUCAUCACUUCCCGAGUCACCCCCAAAAUCGCCCCAAACCCAGUCAGUCAGUCAGGGUCCUCAGUCAGCCCAUGGCGUCGACCAUGGCGGAACGGGCUGGGCCGCCAGCAUCAACAGCAGCAACUCGCCGCCCCAGCACGUUGUCUGAAAUCCGGAGGUCGGUCAGGUCCAGGCUGCGCCACCUCCCGUCGCCGUCGUCCUCAUCACAUCCGCACCUGCGUGACAAGACGGCCGGUGUAGAGGGAGACGACUCCAAUGGUUACGACAUCCAGGCAGAGCUGGUCAGCAGAGACAAGGCGAGGCAGAAGGAGGCCGUGCGACGUUACCUCCAGUCAAAGGUCAGAAAUGACUGGUCCUUUGAGUGGCCGCCUCGGGUCCCGCCACCUGCUCCCGCCGCUGCCGCCACAGUUCCCAAGACGCCGACGACGGUCGAGGGAACACUGGUGAUCAGCAGCACAUCUGAAGCUGUGGAUAUGGAUGUGGCGGUGGAAAAUGCCAGCAAUGGUCACCAUGACGUAGAUCAUGCUGGGCCAUCUCAGCAGCAACAGCCACAAAAUCCGGUUGUCGAUGAGGACAAUGACAACGCCGAGGACACUGGCGUCCAUGCACCUGCAGCUGUUGUUGAAGUUCUGGAUGCUGUGGAAACGGACGAGCCAAUCGACUCCGGCGCGGAAGCAGAUUCAGAUACCGAGUCCAUCUACAGCAUCGUAUCAGAAGACCCAUCUCAGUAUCGUCCCCGGGCCGAGUGGACAUCUGACAUCUCGGACGACGAUGGUACUACCUUUACGCCGUCUGGCCCAGCUGUGACCCCCUCGCCCUUCCGCUUUGACAGUCCCGAUUCGGUCGGCUUCGCCGUGCAGGCCACCUCGCAGGCGGGACGCGAAAAGCGGCGCCGAGCGGACCGCGAGGAGAUGGCUUGGAACGAAGGGCUGGCUUGCUUUAACGCGAGGAGGGAUGCCUGGACCGGCGCCAGGACGGUGCGCCUCAAGCCUAGACCGCUCGUCAGCCCUACAAGCCCGACCAGUCCCAGGCGGAGGGAUAAGCUGUUCCGUUUCAGGUCGAGCCACGGCGAGGGCGAAGCUGUUGUGCUUGCAUCGCCGACGUCCACCACUACUACUGCUAGCAGCAUCACCACGGCAAAGGCCCAUCCAACAUCAACCUUGGGGUCCACGACAGCGACCACCACAGGAAUCGGAAUCCUCACCCCACCCGCAUACGACGGCGACUCCAUCCUCUCCCCAGUCACAACCAACAAAUCCCACUCGGUAACCACGACGGGCUCCGGCAGCAACCCGGAUCCGUCCACAUACCCGAUCGAAACCAUCCUCCCCGUGCCCCCACCACUCCUCCCUCCCAACAACCCGAUGCGGGCCAGCAUCACCCCGGCGUUGUACCUGUCAAUCUACGACAAGGUAGUCGCCGCGGCCGCGCAGCCAUCCUGCCCCAUCAACCUGUCAGAUAUGAUACGCUCGUGCGUGGCGGCCUGGAAGCGCGACGGCGAGUGGCCACCUCGCCCCUCCAACAUGAUGGGCCUGGGCCACGACCCGAUGAUGACGGGCGUCAUGAUGCCCAACUCGGCGGGAGUCGCGGCCGCUGCCAGAGCGAGGCGGAGGGUCGAAAAGGAGAGGGAGCAGAGGCGGCAGGAGGUGAUGAGGAGGGAGGCCGCUGCUGUUGCUGCUGGUGGUGGUGCUGGCGGUGGAGGCGGAGGUGGCGGACAUGGAAGGAGGAUGAGCUUUGCGGGCUUAAUCGGGCGACGAAACAGUGCUGCUGGUGUCGAAGGGACUGAAGGGGGAGGCGGUGGUGGUGGUGCGAAUAAUGCUGCAGGUGAGGAGGAGAGGUCGGGAAUUAGGAAGAGCUUUAGAAAGAUCUUGCACAUAGGGCACCACGCGCCCGCGCCUGCAGCUGCAGCCGCGGCGGCCGCACCAGGGGCCGGGGCUUAA